AGCCCUCGUGGUAGGCUGUGGGCCCGUUUCAUCGCCAUGGGCCAAGCCAGCAGCAUCAAGGAAACAUUUCACGGGUGGAUUUGCGGCAGUGGUAUUGAAGAGUCGGUUUCAACGCGUCGGCUGGUCUCCGCGGCUCCCAGCCGAUCACGGCCCAUGGAGCGAGCGAGUCUCAGGGCGACCUUCCGGCUGAGAUGCGCGGAGCGCAUCUCGCCCAGCGAGGUCAGCAAGGACUGUCCAGUGAAACUUGUAGUUUUCGACUUUGACGAGACUCUAACACUGGCUACCUUCAUGACCGGCAACUGCGAGUAUGCAGAUGAUGAGGAGAAAGAUAUUGCUAGAGUCAUCAACUUCGAGUCACCAUGGGUGGAAGGGUCCCGAAUUGCCAAGCUUCAGCACAUGCUCGCAUCAAUCAAAGAAGGUGCUGAUGGUAGGCACAGGACUUUGACAGUACUGACCAACAAUGGGAAGGGCGUCCAAGCAGUGAUCAAUAUGCUCAAGAUCGCUGGCCUUGACACCUACUUCAGUGCUGUCUGGACCAUGCCAUGGAGACAGUACAUGCCAAAUGGUGCAUACAAGGACCAGAGUGGUCAAUGGAAAUUGUUCGACCCUCCCUCCGACAAAGUCCGAAAUCACAAAGCAGACGUUUUGUCGCACGUGACGAAGAACCCCGAGGCGUGGUUUCCCCAGAUAGGCAGCGAGGCGGCUUUCAAGGACCUUGCAAGCUUGUCAAUGGGGAACAUCGUGCUUGUGGAUGACCAGAGGGCCAACUUUCAGAGCCAAUACGGGGCUUCAGUGCUUCGCUACUGCAAAGUGGCUCGAUACGAUGCAGACUUGUAUUAUGACAUGCGAAUGGUGAAGAACAUGGGGGGCAUCGGUGCCCACCAUGAUGCGGACUACGACACCUUAAAGCGCUUUGUGGAAGAUCCAUGGAUGUGCAAGGAGACGAUGCAGGUGAGGUGUCAAGAGCGGGACUUUGCGGAUUUUCAGCGACAUCCGCCGGUGAAGUUAGUUGUCUUCGACUUUGAUGAGACCUUGACCUUAGCGACAUUCAUGCCCCGAAGCAAGGCCAUCACCACCAAGGUGGGUUGGAACCCAACAGAGGCCGAGUUCAAGGACUGGAGCCAGGAAGACCUCGUGAAGUACAACUUCGAGAGCCCGUGGGUGGAUGGAAGCCGUGUCCAGAAGCUCCGGGCACUCUUCGAGGAAAUCGCCAAAGAGAACACGUUGGCGAUCCUCACCCAGAACAGGAGUGGAGUGGUGGCUGUGCUGAAUCUGCUGGCCUUGGCCAACCUGUUGGAACACUUCAGCACAAUUUGGUGCAUGUCUGCUCCACAAGGUGACUGCGAUGGUGCCUUUUGGGAGAAUGGCAGGUGGCAUUUAUUUAGAACUCCUUGCAACGAGGUUCAUCAACACAAAGCAGAUGUCUUGACCCACGUUGCAGGGCAUCCACAGCGUUGGUUUCCUCAGCUCACGAGCGACAGCACCCUAGCAGCGAAGCUCAAGGAUCUGAGGCUCGAGCAUGUGGUUCUCGUGGACGACGAGCGAGCCAACUUCCGGAACGACAGUAGCAUCAGUGCAGCAAAGGUCCUCAGGUAUUGCAAGGUCUCACGCUACGACGAGACUUAUCGUGAUUGUGGGCUUUUGGAUCAGAUGGGCGGCCUCGGGGCGCGCAGCGACCAUGACUACGAGGAGCUCAAGAGCUUCGUCAAGCAACCCUGGGAGUACCCCUACCCAAACCGCGAUGAAGAAGAAAGGAACAUGGGGAAGAAGAAGUCCCCAAGCAACGUGAGCUUCUCUCAUGAUGGACAGGCAGAAAGUGGCCAUGCCAGGAUCGAACUGCACAGGAUUGAGGAUUCAGCUGAGCCAGAGAAGGCCCCGCGCCAGAGAAUUGGCUUUUAGCACCGAGAAACGUCCGCGGGGUUUUUCCGGUCAGAUGCCUCGGUCGGGCGAUCGCUGGGUGUUUGGACUCCCAGCGUCACACUCAACUGAGGCGUUCGACCUCAAAGGCUUGACUUUUGGAGUUUUCAC